AUGAAGUUUUUUCUGACCCAUGUAGGGGACUGUCACUUCCCAUGUGAACACGGCUGGUGCCUCGCUACGAACGACUGUGAAUGUGAUGAAGGCUAUGAAGGCCUGCAGUGUCAACACGAUAUUGACGAGUGCUGGUAUGGAUCAGACGAGUGUGACCAUGAGAAUGGCGGCUGCACCAACACAGAAGGGUCUUACAACUGUUUCUGUAAUGACGGGCUGCAUCUAUUCAAUGGAACAGAAUGCCGCGAAACCCCUGACGUCGACGAGUGUGCGAGGGGCGAUAGCGGCUGUGCGCAGAACUGCCACAACACGCACGGGUCGUACUUCUGUACCUGUGACGCAGGGUACGUCUUAGCUGCCGACGAUCACGCCUGCACAGAUAUCAACGAAUGCGCCACCAACAACGGUGGAUGCGAACACUUUUGCGACAACGUUCCUGGCGGGCGAGACUGUAGCUGCAGGCGUAACUUCCGCCUUGUGGACGGGCGUAUAUGUCGAGAUGACGACAUGUAUCCGUACGGAGAGGAAGCUGGUGAGGUUCCCCGUCGGUGGGACUUUUCAACCUGCAACGAGGAGACCUUGCCGCAAGAGGGCUUCCGGUUCUUCGGAAGGCGGCACCACGAGAUACACAUCUGUGACAACGGCAUCGUCAGCUUUGACCGGAUCAACCGCCCGCGGGACCCGGCAUUGAUACAGAACACCUUCGCCUUCCGCAAGACUGCCGUUCUUGCUCCUUUCCUGGCCAGGUCCGACGCUUCGCUGCUAGACACUCUUCCCGAGGAUGAGAGGACGAAGAUCUACUACAGCUUCUACGAGAGAGGCGACGGGAACCCCGCAACGGACGAGGUGCUACAGAAGGCACGGGACGACGGGAGAUCAACCCCUGGGUACUAUUCUCCAGCCUAUGAUCCAGUGUGGGCGUUUGUAGUGACAUGGACGAGGGUUCCCCCAGACUGCAGCAUGUAUGGCGGCGGAGUGUGUCCGCUACCACACGACCAGCUCCCGGUGAAUGAUUUUCAACUGGCCAUAUCGACCAACGGGACCCACUCCUACGCUACGUUCGUUUAUCCCACAAUGAAACAAGAGUGGGUCAGUACGGACGAAGCACGGGACGGCGGUCGUCGGAAAUGCCCAAAAGCUGACGGGACAGUUGCUGUUGGAGGCUACAGUGCCGGUGACGGGACGGGUCCCUAUCCUUACACCCCUGCCACCAACGCCAGUCUGGUGUUCAGAAAUAGGGACUUCUCCGGGAAGGAUUGUGUCGGACGGAGAUUUCCCAGACCGACACAGGUGUCGAUGAGGAAUUUGUGGUAUAAUAACGGCGGAAACUGGAAGUUUGCCCUGCAGCCCCAGGAGGAAACGGCUGUCCCAGAGUCAUCAGUGCCGGAGUGCUCUAGAUGGAUAAGGCAACAGGUUGUAGAGGAUCCCACCCAGCUGCUGGGCUACAGCGCCUUACCUCCGGUCUUCUCCUGUCCGUGCUCUGCCGAGCAGGCGUUCUUUGAUCCAACGUACACCGUCCAAAGCUCUCAGUUCAGCCAGUCUAGGUUUUGCGCAAGAAGUAGGCGCCGAGUCCACACGCUGGUCGGCUCGGAGAGGCUCAUCAUGUCCAGGACCUGCUGCUACUCCACUGCGUACUGGUGGCGGGAAUCAGCUCGCGGGCGAAACUGGAGGAGAACCCGGAACAGGAUCGGCGGUGGAACUCUCUUGACCGGGCACGCGGGGGGCCAUCUUGUUAUUAACGAUCAGGUAGCUGACGAGGCCGCCUACCAGAGCUGCUGUGUGGGUGCCUCCGGCCUGAGGAGUGGGUGGUACUGUCAGAGGUUCCAAACGCUUCGACCCUUGUCUGCUCCGUCAGCGCCCGGCUGCAGACAUUAUCCUGUCAACAUUGGAUGGACGUGGUUCCGCUGGGAUCCACAUUUCACUACGAUGGACGGUGUCAGCUACACCUUCAACGGGCUCGGAGAAUACGUCAUCGUUGAUGUGGACAACGGGCUGUACCAGGUGCAGGGUCGGACAGCUCUUGCACAAGGAAGCAGUCAUGCAACGGUCAUCUCUGCAGUUGCCAUAAACGAGAGAGGAAAGCUCCCCAUCCAGACAAACAUAGUAGGCAACUCAAGCCUGGAUCUCUAUAUAAACGGAAGCAUGGCAGACACCUCAGUUUUUGAAAGCAAUGAUGAGAUAGAGGUUGGGGACAAUGCCAUUAUCCUCAAACCCAGCAAUGACUCCAUCCUUGUCGUCUUCGUCAGCGGGAUGACUGUCAAAGUUUCCGCCAAGAAGGGAAUGUUAGCAGUGGAGUUUUCAGCACCUCCUGAGUUCCGAGGAAAGGUCCGAGGCCUACUGGGGAGGUGGGACGGAGACUCGACUAACGACUUCGAGGCCUUCAACGGCACAGUGUUUCCCGCUGAUUCUACGGAACGAGAGCUGUACGGUUUUGGAAACUCAUGGCAAGUAACCGCAGAAGAUGGACCCAAGAAGUCCUUAUUCUUCUACAAGGACGGGGAAGACGUGAACACUUUCACUGCCCAAGACUACGAGCCGAAGUACACAGACGAGAUCGUCUUCAGCGACCCGGAAUUGGAGACAAGGGCGCGCGAGAUCUGCGGUAACGAUACGGAGUGCCUGUUCGAUGUCAGCCAGACGGGAGACAUAGAGGUUGCAGUCAUCACUGUCGAAGGGAAGGAGGAAUUUGCGAGUCAGACGACUGCUCGAGACCGAUUCCCCCCGACUGUAAGUGGACCGGAUGCAGUCUACGCCACUGUUAACGAAACAGUGACAGUUCGCAUCAACGCUUCUGAUCCAAACAACGGGUCACUCGUGUUCAAGCUCGGGGAAGACACGCCCGCUACUGUAGAUCUGACUGUUGAGGAAGACGUGGCAACGCUUACCUGGCAGGUCACCUCUGACGCACCGUUCAACCUGCAAGUGGACGUGUUCGGCUCGGACAACACGACUGCGCAGUACUGGCCCGCCGUGUACAUGUGCUCCUGUCUGCACGGGGGGAACUGUGACGGCAGCGGCGACCCCGAUCCUGCAUUAGCGGGGGGAGAGACCAAGUUUGUACAGAGAUCCUGCACAUGUGCACCCGGCUACACCGGAGACAGGUGUGAGGAGGACAUCGACGCAUGCCUGCUGAACUUUAACCCGUGCUUCCCCGGGGUGCAGUGUGAGGAUGUCCCCGCGCCAGCCGGGGACGGGCCGGACGGCUUCACGUGUCGAGACUGCCCGAGUGGGUACACUGGGAACGGCUUCGACUGUGAAGACCUUGACGAGUGCGGGACAUCAGAAGGAGACGUGUGUGAUCACACCUGUGAGAACUACCCAGGAACCUUCAUCUGCUCCUGCCAUGAGGGAUUCGAGCUCGCAGAGGACAACGUUUCAUGCCAAGAUAUAGACGAGUGUGCCCUGCAGCUGACCAACUGCAGUCAGCAGUGUGUGAACACCGCCGGAUCCUUCACCUGUACCUGUCGGGACGGGUUUACACUGGCAGCUAACGGACAGGAUUGUGAACCUGACAACCCGUGCAGUGCAGGAGACGACCCUGGAUGUGACUCAGAGUUUGGCUGGUGCAUCACGAACAGCCAUGGUACAGCUGAGUGUGUCUGUAGGUCUGGAUAUGUGCUGUCCUCGGACAACAGAACAUGCGAAGAUUAUGAUGAGUGUUCUGCUGGUGACCACCACUGCUCUCAGCUGUGUAACAACACCGCUGGAGGCUACAGCUGCUACUGUGGGGAGGGGUACUACCCUGAUGAAGAGAAGAGCCAUUUGUGCUGGGACAUUGAUGAAUGCUUUGAGCUGACAGACAAUUGUACAGAGCAUGAGGUAUGUGAGAACGACCCCGGUUCCUUCCACUGCAACUGUACCGACGACGCUGUGUUAGUAGGAGACAUCUGUGUCCCUGUGACAACGACUCCAGCCAUGACAACAAUGACGACAACUCAGUCAACAACCGAUCAGACCAGUACCACUCCGCUUCCUACCACCACCGCCGCUACUACUACUGCUACUACUCCUUUAGCUCAUGAUACUACUGAACCCACUGCACCACAGUCUUCCACAAUGACUAGUACCCUGCAUCUUUCUACCCCAAGUACCACUAACCCCCUAACCACUACCACAACUGUACCUACCACCUCUGUUCCAACCAACACACCCUGGCAUACCACAAGUGCCACUAACGUCUUAACCAAUACCACCACAACGCUGACAACCACCUCUAAUCCAACUACCACCCCCAGGUCAUCCCAUCGAACAUCUGCAGUCGCUAGCACUAUGACUUCCACUACCACAAGCACCACUAUACCUCCAUCCACCAGUGCCACUACUGUAUCCUCUACGUCAGCCACUGUACCCAGUUCUCCUCGCCAAACCACCAGUACCAUGGUUCCUACAACCACUGCACAUAUUAUUUCUCCUAAAACCACCAAAACCACUGAUGCACAAUUUUUCACCUCUGCUAAACCUGAUACCAGCACCACUACCAGUACUGUUGUUCCUCCAUCUACUUCAGAAUCUCCAUCUUCAAGUACUCGGACAAUGUCCUUGCCUCAAACCACUAAAACCACAGAAGCCCAACAACCAACCACUGGAACUACCACAACUGUUACUCCAUCAACAUCUCCGCCUCUUAGCACUACCGCAAACCUAGACAAGUAUGAGUAA